CCAACCUAACGACGUGAACUUAUCAAAUCCCCCAGGUAUUGCGUUGUUGACAAACUAUCUUUUAAGUUUAAUUUAACACAAAACGGCUCAAAAUGACCAAUUCCGGCCUUAAAGAAGAAGAUGUUGAUACUAACAACCUGAUUAAAAGCCGGGAAUUCCUCUACCGGCUUAUUAUAAGCCAGUUGUUCUACGACGGCCACCAAAGCAUUGGGACGAGCUUAACAGCGGCAGUUCAAGCAGACCCUCCGUGUGCCCCCAGCGAUCGCCUAUUCCACAUCGUUUUAGCCGGACUGGAACAUGAACCUGACCGGAAAGAGAGACCCCAGAAUCCUGGUAUUGGUAACAACAAUAUUGGGCCUGGUCUCGACCUCGAGUUUGAAACCGAAUCCAACAUCCCGGCACCAGAGCCGGCGCUAUACGAAACCGCUUACGUCACGUCCCAUAAAGGUAACUGCCGCGCUGGGUGCUUUUCCAGCGACGGUCAAUUAAUCGCCACUGGAAGUGUGGACGCCAGUAUCAAAAUCCUGGACGUUGAUAGGAUGUUGGCGAAGUCUGCGCCGGAUGAAAUGGACCCGUCACGAGGCGAACAACAAGGACAUCCGGUUAUUAGGACAUUGUAUGACCACAUGGAAGAAGUUACUUGCUUGGAGUUUCACCCAAAGGAGCCAGUUUUAGUAUCAGGGUCUAAGGAUAACACAAUUAAAAUGUUUGACAUUUCAAAGGCUAGUGUGAAGAAGGCUUUUAAAACAAUAACAGAAGCAGAGCCUAUUAAAGCAAUGUCGUUUCACCCCAGUGGAGACCACAUGAUUGUAGCGACGCAGCACCCAGUAGUGCGGCUGUAUGACGUCAACACGUUGCAAUGCUACGUCUGCGCUUUUCCUUCUCAUCAGCACACUCAGUCAGUCACUUGUCUAAAGUGGUCUUUAGACGCCAGAGUUUUUGCCACUUGUAGUAAAGACGGUAAUAUAAAAUUGUGGGAUGCGGUGUCCAACCGUUGCAUCAACACUUUCCAAAAAGCCCACGACGGACUUGAAGUUUGUUCAGUCGCUUUUUCCAAAAACGGAAAAUAUUUGUUAUCAUCAGGAAAAAAUUCUAUUUGUAAAUUGUGGGAGCUGACUACCAGUCGGUGCUUGAUUGCGUACACGGGGGCUGGGACCACAGGCAAACAAGAGUAUGAAGCGCAAGCCGUUUUCAACCACACAGAAGACUACGUUUUGUUUCCGGACGAAGCAACCACGUCUCUCUGUGCUUGGAAUUCUCGUAACGCUUCAAGAAAGCAGUUGAUGUCGCUGGGUCACAACGGGGCUGUCAGGCUUAUAGCACAUUCCCCCACACAAGCGGCUUUUUUGACGUGUUCCGACGACUUUCGAGCACGAUUUUGGUACAGAAGAACCCCUACGUUAUAAUUGUGUAUUUAUAAUAAGUUGAAUAAAGUUUGUUUGGGAGUA